AUGCGCACGAAUCACGUGUUGAUCGUAAUUUCCGCGCUGUGCGCGAUCGUCGAGUGCGAUGGAACCCACCGUGUGGUCAGGACACUUCCGUACGAUCUAUCCCCGUCCAGAUGGUUCUCUACGUUGCGAACUCUGUGGUCCGGCGGCAGCAGCGGCGGCGGAGGAUUCUGGCAAUUUCCGAGGAACAGUGCGGAGACUCUCUUGAGGCUGAUAGCCUCGCCGGAUACCAAGAAGAAGAUAGUGUUCGAGUUUAAACCUGAAGACGGACCCCGGGCCUCGUACGAUUAUCAGAGGCGCUACGGUUAUCGAGGACAGUGGCUGAUCGAGUCACUAGGCUCCGGUUUCCGUCCGAACGGUGUUCCCUAUUAUCGACAUACAUCUGUACCACCUUCCGUGCUCGUGCCGCCACCCUACUACCCUAUUUGACGUCUUUUAUAGACUUAUACGUAUAAAGGAAGAAGCAAAUGGAUUGGUUAAAAUGUGAUGCGUGUAAGUUUGGGGGUCUGAGUAAUC